CCAGUGCUCCUAUCCGACUAACAAUAAGAGGGCGCCUCAGCGUGAGCGCGUGACAUUGGUCUCAGCAGAGAAAGUGCGCAUCCUCAAGGUCGUGCUGAGGCCGUUCCUUCAUCCUUCCACUUCCCGCCCGCAAUCCCUCGUACCCCCAACCUGACUCCGAAGCCCCCUUCCCUAUUUGUGACCCCCCCCGAACUGGAGCUCGGUAGCCCCCCUCCGACCGACGUCUCCCGUCGUAUAUAAACUCGGUCCAUCGGCCGCACCGAAGAUUACGUACGUGAAAAGUCUCAAUCGUUCCGCUCGAUCCGCCUCCCGUUUUUUGUUUGUUUUCCACCUCCGGAUGCCGUGUUCGUUUACUCUGUGUUUGUUCCUUUAAACGGAUACCUUUUACGUAGCGAAUUCAAUAUGAUAGAGUGGGCGCGGUGGAUGGUGCUUGGACUCAGCGUGGUGGCAAGCGUGGCCACGCCGGCUAUUAACGAAAUCAGACCGAACAAACCCAACAAGCCCGGCAGAUUUCUCUCACUCCCUGUCCCCCAAAAGUGCAGUCAAAGGCCAAAAGAGUUUUUCUACCGAGGACAUAACUACUUCUACAGUGGGCAUCUGCCGCAGUAUCGUAACACCAAAUUGGAUUGGUUGGAUGCCAGAAACAUCUGCCGAGAAUACUGUAUGGAUCUUGUUUCCAUGGAAACUCAAGAGGAAAACAACAUGAUUUUUAGACUCAUUCAGCAAAAUGAUGUACCCUACAUUUGGACAAGUGGGCGCCUAUGCGACUUCAAAGGGUGUGAAAACCGACGAGACCUUGAGCCGAAAAGCUUGUUUGGAUGGUUCUGGUCAGCAACACGAGUAAAAAUGGCACCAACUAAUCAGAUUCCACAGGGCUGGGGCUACAACGCUUGGAGCCAGAGCGGGCAUAAAAAAGUGCCACAGCCUGACAAUGCCGAAUUUGACAUUAACCGCACAAAUGAAUCCUGCCUGAGUGUCCUCAACAACGUAUAUAAUGAUGGCAUCGCUUGGCACGAUGUUGCUUGUUACCAUGAAAAACCCUUUGUCUGUGAAGAUAGUGAGGAACUUCUCAACUACGUUGCCUCCACGAAUGCUGGAAUCCAACUCUAAAUUUUCAAUGCUCAUUUUCGAUGCAGCCUCUUGUAUUCACUUUUUGCCCUCUCUUUCCCCUUUGCCCCUGCUCAGUUUCUCGUGGUCUCCUGAGAUGUGCACGACAGGAAGUCAUUUCCUGCUGUAUAUUUCUUUAAUUCAUUCCAACACUACUAAAGUAGAUGAAGCCGAAGCAAAGGCAUCGGCCAAUGUGCCCAAAGUAGAGGUCCCUUUGGGUAAUCUUGGUGAAUAUGCUUCCUUGGCAAUUGUGUUUAUCAAGCAAGUGUCAAUAUCACACUUAAAAGCAGUAGGUAAGAGUUAUAAUCUGAGUAAGAGUCAGUAACAGAAAUACAGUAUUUUUAAGGCUUUGUGAGGCUAUCAAUUUUCGUCCCAGCAAGUUUCAGACAUUUUUAAAAAAGACGCCUAAUGAACCUAUAGUCUGUUGUCGGAUCUCCACCAAUUUGCCCUACGGCAAGAAGCAUUUCCAUCUCAAAUGUUAGUGGCUUUUACAACUUUGCUGAGCAUCGACCUAAUGAUCCAUCACAGUCAUAUUCUCAUGACUGUGAAAGUAAUUCUGGAGCAUCAAGGUUUUUGGUGAUUCCAUGCAGGACAACCUCUCAACAUUCUUGGUGUAUUCUGUUUAAAUCUUACUUCGUCAAUUUAUAUAAAAAUAAAUUCUUAUGGGGAACAUCCCUCUCAAUUGUUUUACUCCAAGAUCAUGAAAUUUAGAAAUUGUUGUCAAUACUCUUACAGGGAAAACUUGAUAAAUGAAUACAUCAAAGAAAGAAGUGCACUCGCGUGUAUUCUAAACUUCAAGUUGCUAUGCUACCGAAAGAUUUGAUCUUUUACCUAUGUUCCGCAUUUACUUCUUGCAGACAAUGAAUAUAUUUUCUUCCACUCAAAUUGUCACUAUACCAAAAAUUUUAUUUGCCUUCUGUAAAUAUAGUAAGUAUUUGAAUUA